CAUAGUAUUUAAAUAUUUCUACAUUAAAAAUUUUUUCUUUUCAGUUUUCAGAAUUAAAAUAAGAUUUAUAAAUUCUUAGAACCUAAAUAUUGAGAUCGCACAAUUAUGUUAUAUUUUAAAAGAAUUACAACGACUCCACCCUUUCUCAUGCAAUCCCCCCCCCUUAGAAAUCUGAUGUACAUUUUUAUAAUUUUCCAGAGAAAAUGUCAGAGUUUGAGGUUGGUGAAGAUUCCCUGUCUUCUAUAGGAUGUGGAAGCUCUGUGUCUAAGUUUACACGAGGCCCAUCAGAAGAAUCUUCCAGUUCUGAGUCAGAUGAGGAAGAAGAGGAUGAGGAGAUUGAGCCCAAGCUUAAGUAUGAAAGAUUGUCUGCGGAUCUUAAAUCAAUUCUUCAAAAGGAUAAAGCUACCUGUAUGGCAGUACACUCCAAAUUCCUAGUUCUAGGAACAGAAUGGGGAACUAUACAUCUACUAGACGCUAUGGGCAAUUCUUUAACCUCGAAAACUAGUCAAUCACAUUCAGUUGGAGUGAACCAAGUGAGUAUAGAUCAUGCUGGAGAAUUCUACGCCUCUUGUUCCAAUGAUGGCAGUGAUAGAAUUGUUAUCACUGGUCUUUACACAGAAGUUAAUACUCACAACUUAAAGCUUGAGACUCCGGUACAAUCCAUAGCCAUUGAUCCAAUAUAUGCCAGGGCAAACUCUGGACGAAGAUACAUGACUGCAAUCAAUGAAAAAUUGUUUCUCAAUGAAAAAACUUUUCUCUCAAGGUAUAAGCAGGAUGUAAUCUGUCAGGGAGAAGGACCGGUUCAUAAUAUAAGAUGGCGCGGUAGAUUUGCAGCAUGGAUUACAGAUAAAGGGAUCCGUGUGUUUGAUGUAGUGGCAGAAACCACAAUUUCACUUGUUCCUAAGCCUGUGAAUGCCCCGUCCCAUUCUGAAGUUCCCUGGAGGAUCAGCUGGGGAGAUCAGUUCAAACUUCUAGUAGCCUUCGGUAGCAUUGUCAAGGUUUGUUGUAUUGAGAAACGGACACCUUUUCAGGAAGGUUUACCGCUGUAUCUGGUUAGGGUAGAUGCUAGCUUUACUCUUGAUUGUUCUAUCUGUGGGAUAGCACCUCUAGAUAAUCUGGUGGUAGUGUUAGCUAUCCCUAAUGAGCUAGAUGAGACAGGGAGACCUGAACGUCCCCAGCUAAUGGUGUUUGAGAAGAAUGAAACCCAAUAUGAUCUGGUCUCUACUGAUUUACUCUCCAUAAGAGGGCAUGAGGAAUACAAGCCCAAGGACUACAAGUUUGAGUGCCUUGUGGACGACAAGUUCUACUUCAUCAUGAGUCCUCAUGAUGUGGUGGUUGGUAAACCACGGGAUGAGGAUGAUCAUGUGGACUGGUUGGUUCAGCAUCAACGGUUCCAGGAGGCUCUGGCACUCACACAGGAGAAGGAGAAGUACUUAAAGAAACACAGUUUCCAGGAGGUUGGAGGAAGAUACCUGGAGCACCUGCUCCGGGAGAAGGAGUUUAAGCUGGCAGGAGAACUUUGCACAUCAAUCCUGGCUAAGGAUAAGAGAAGAUGGGAAGAACAGGUGUUUAGAUUUGCGAAGGUGAAACAACUGAAGACCAUUGCUGAAUAUUUGCCUUGUGGAGAUUUUAAACUUGAUCCUGCUAUUUAUGAAAUGGUUCUUUUUGACUUCCUCAAAACAGACGUUGAAGGUUUCCUGCUGUUAAUUAGACGCUGGUCAACUGACCUCUAUAAUUCUGUGGCAGUUGUAAAUGCUGUUCUAGAACAAUUGAGGUUGGAACCUGAGAACUCGCCUCUACUUCGCUCCUUGGCAACCUUAUUCUCCUACCAGAGGAAGUACGACAAGGCUAUGGAGGUUUAUCUCAAGCUCAAGCAUGAAGAUGUAUUCACACUUAUCAGGCAGCAUCGGCUCUUCAGAACUAUCCAGGAUAAGAUCCCCUCCCUCAUGGAUCUGAACUCUACUGAGGCUCUCAAACUUUUCUUAGACUUUCAGGGUGAGAUCCCGAGUAAAGUUGUUGUAGCAGCUCUCUCUUCCAGGAGGAAACAGCUGUUCUUGUAUCUAGAUGCUCUCUACACUAGGGAUAGAAAGGAUUGCCCAGGUGUAUUCCAUGGACAUCUUGUAAAGCUGUAUGCAGACUAUGCACCACAGAAACUCCUCUCCUUUUUACAAACUUCGGAUCAGUAUCCAAUACAGGAUGCAUUAGAUGAAUGUGAGCUUCGAGGAAUGACUCCUGAGCGUAUAUACCUACUGGCUAGGAUAGGGAACACCAAGGCCGCCCUGAACCUUAUCAUCAGGGAGCUAGCGGAUAUCGAGUAUGCAGUCAACUUCUGUAAAGAGCAUGACGAUGUUGAACUGUGGAAUGAUAUUAUAAACUAUAGUCUGGAUAAACCCAUAUUUAUCAAUUAUCUUCUUCAUAAUAUUGGAACUCAUAUUGACCCCAGAAUAUUGGUGGAGAAAAUUGAUACCGGGAUGAAGAUUCCUGGACUAAGGGACAGUUUGAUUCAGAUUCUUAGGGACUAUAAUCUACAGAUCUCUCUUCAAGAAGGCUGUAAGAAGAUUCUAGUUUCGGACUGUUUUUCACUUCUUCAAAAGCAGGUGCGAAGUUCAGCCCGAGGAUUGAAGGUUGAAAAUGGUCAGGUUUGCUCCGAGUGCUCCGUAUCAUUGCUGAACCUGGAUCCUGCCAGGAUGGAGAAUAUAACUGUCUUUAACUGCAGGCAUGCUUUCCAUGCAGACUGUUUGCCGGACGUCAACAUGUGUACAUUAUGUACAAGAGGAGGGGGUUAUCAACCGAACUAUGCAUACUUUAAAAACUAAACUAUAUCAACUGAUCUAUGCAGUCUGUUUUUCUGACAUAAAUGUGUUUACAGUGUACAGUAUGUGCAAAAAAUCGUUCUUUCAUUUAAAUUAAACUAAAGGGCAUAGUUUAAAAACUAGGAGACGAUGUUAACUGAACUAUGCAUUCUACAAAAGAGAAAAAUGCAUGAAAAUGAGCUUUAUUGGGAUAUAUUUGUUAUGUCUAGAUUACUUUAAAUGUUUUUAUUUUUUAUUUUGUGUUGUAAGCUAUAAUAUGGCCUAUAUAUUAUUUUUCAUUUACCUUUUUUUGUACUAUCUUGUUUUUUCA